AUGGAUCGCUUGUGGUGCAAUCAGGCAACCGUGCCCAAACCGCUCCAAACACAACUUGGGCAGAGCUAUGAAAAGGAUUGUACACAAAAGUUGUGCAAGAAGGCGUUGGAUGGUUCAUGGUACGGGAAAUGGAGAGAGUACAAGGGCAAAACGUUACGAUGGCCUCCAGAGUCCACCAAAUGGGGUGUCAGUGGAUGGAAGACGAUGGCCAAGAAGCUUUGCGUAGAGAAGGCCGGUCUUUUUGAAGUGACCAAGACGGAGGAACACCAUGUUCCAUACUUCGACAAAUCUCUCUGCAAGUCCUAG